CUCCAAAAUUGGUGAAUCAAUCCAUAAAGGGAAAUCGAAAAACCUCUAGCAGAUUCAAAAAAGGAAAACUGAAAUUCAUAUAGAGAGAAGAAGAGAGAGAGAGAGAGAAAGGUGGCUGCCGGGCCGGCUUCCUAUUCCGACGGCUGAGAUUGUCGGCAUAUUCUUCUCUCCGGUGCUGCAGUGAUGCUAUGCUAUUCUGGAAGCAAGAUCAAUAGAAUCGGUAAAAACGCCCGUGAUCGAGAGGCGAAAUUGAGAAAAGAAAGAAAUUUGUAUCUUCGUUUCUGAUGUCAAUGUAGGCUCUAUAGGAUCGUUUGUUCAUUUUUUUUUCUUCUGUAUAAAAUCGUUUUGCCCUUUUUUGCCGAAUCGAUACACUGGAUACUGCGGGGGAGUGUGUAUAUGAUGCGCUGUGCUGCAUUGAGAACUUAUAUACGGACUUGGCUUCGUGACUAUGUCAGGAUUCAAGGCUUCGCUGUUAUUCUCCUCUAUGUCCAAAUUGGUUGCGCUAUGAUUGGAUCUCUCGGGGCAUUGUACAACGGGGUCUUGCUCGCCAAUCUCGUGAUUGCGUUGUUUGCUUUGGUUGCCAUAGAAAGUAGCAGUCAGACCCUCGGCAGAACCUAUGCCGCGCUUCUCUUCUGUGCUAUCUUGCUUGACAUCUCAUGGUUCAUUCUCUUCGCCCACGAAAUUUGGAAUGUUUCAUCUGAGACUUAUGGAGGCUUUGUUAUAUUCUCAGUGAAACUUACUUUGGCCAUGCAAAUUAUUGGAUUUUGUGUGAGGUUAUCAUCUUCAUUAUUAUGGAUUCAGAUGUACAGACUUGGUAUUUCUUACUUAGACAAUUCCAUUCCUCAAGAAGCAUAUGCUGAUUUGCGACAUAGUUUUCUCAACCCUGCAACACCUUCUAUAAUUAGACAACCCUCUGGAGCUGAUGAUGUUUUGGGAGGCUCCAUAUAUGACCCUCAAUAUUAUUCAUCUUUGUUUGGGGAUGGUAAAGACGAGGCAUAUUUGUCUGAGUAGUAUGUUCUCUUAUGUUUUAUGGAAUAUGGAAAGUGGUAGAUUCAUGUACCAUCACCGACUCUGACAUGGUGAGUUGACAUGAGUCAUGAAAAUUUUUACGUUUUAGGGGAAAUAAGGGUGGAGUAUCAGAUGAUAUGAAUUUCACAUACUGUUAAGGCUUAAGAUGCUAGAGGAUUAUGUCAUGGUGUAUGGACUAGAAAGAACUAUGAUAGUUUGUAAAAGAUUAAUUCUAUGGAGAGGCAGUUCAUAGGCAUUGAAUUGAUGAUCCACCUAUGAUACAGUGAUGAGGUGGCUUGCACCUGGAUGCUACAGCAAGCCCAACAUUCCCUUUGCAACAAGAGUUCAUUGAUUUGUUUGAGCAUGACACACUUAGUAGCUUGUAAAAUUUUAUUGCAAUUGCAAGCCACAUAAAAAUAUUCUGCUAUUGACUAUUGUACAAAUGAACAUUUCUGAAGCUACUUGGCAAUGGAGUGAUGAAUUAUGAAACAAUAAUGCUUAAUAAGGUUUUACUGUGCAACUUCCCUGUGUGCCACUAAUAU